AUGAGUGUGGUCGUCGAAGAUCUCAUACUGCCAGACGCGACUCUCGAGUCUCUGUACCCCAUCUUCCAGCAAUGCGAUGACCGUCCCACCAAGCGGCGCAAGACUACUAAAGGGGGCUCGAGGAGUCUGACACAAGAAAAUGGUGUAUCAUUAGUUGGGAUACCUCUGGGCUAUAUUCCAUUAGCACGGUUGACACUGCGCAUAAAAUCCUCCGAUACGAGCACGUGCAAAAAUAAAAGGCCUUUUGAUCCAAGCCUCUCCAUUUCCCGCGUUCCUCUACUCUUAGACGUUCGAAGCGUUCAUUUUCUGGACGAUGAUUUGAACAACACGCCACAACCAGACUCGGCCGAUGGUGACCCUAAUCGUAUGGAGCUGGAACUAUCCAGUCUCGAUGAAGAAGAAUUGCUGAUCUAUUCAUGCGAGAAUUUGCGUCUGUUUGAUCUCCUUGGACAACUUCAGGCCGCCUGCAAACUGCCUCACGUGGACAAGUUCUCUAAUAAUGUGCCUACAGCCUGCUACCAAGCACAAUUGUGCGCCUUACCAGAUGGGGCAAACUUUACUCUCGAGACGGUAGUUCUUUGGAGUGAUUCGAUCGAGGCCCCAAAUUUAGGCCGUUUGACGGAAGCAGACCUGGAAGCCUUUACACGAUAUGUGCUGCAGGAAAAAUGUCUUCGCCCAUCAGCCUUGACCGAGCCUCACGGAUAUCGUGAUCAAAUGCUGGGAAUACAGCAAGAAUGGUCUCCCCGGGACUUCUACAAUAAUGUUCACGUUCCCAAGGUAACAGAGAGUUCGACGAAUAUCAAAUGCCCUGAUUUAAAAUGCAAUCUAUUCCCGUUCCAGAGAAGAGCCGUUCGCUGGCUUUUACAAAGAGAAAGAAGAGAAGUCGGGCCAAAUGGAGAAAUUAUGCCUGUGGAAGAACUUCCCAAAAGUGACCUUCCAGCAUCUUUCAAUUCCACAAAAGAUGCCGAUGGACGCAUCUACUACUUCAGUCGUCUUUUCAUGAUUCUGACAACUGAUCUUUCUGAGUGGCACGAUGCCGCAGAUAAUUUGAAGGGUGGAAUACUUGCAGAGGAAAUGGGGCUUGGCAAGACAGUCGAAGUGAUUGCAUUGAUAAUUCUUAAUAAGCGAGAGUCCCAGCCCAUCAAGUCUGAUCCCGACGGAUUGAAACCUACUGGCGCCACUUUGAUCAUCACUCCCCCCGCAAUUCUUGAGCAAUGGAAACAAGAGUUGAAAGAGCAUGCUCCCAAUCUACGUGUUCAUCAUUACAAUGGCAUCAAACGUCGGAAACAAACAACCGACGAUACGAUUGUCGACGAGCUUGCCGAGUUCGAUGUUGUUUUGACAACCUACAAUGUCAUCGCGAAAGAAAUCCACUAUGUGGGUGCUACUCCGCAACGAUCCCUACGGCACGAAAAGCGAUUUGUACAGAGAAAGACACCACUCGUUCGCCUUUCAUGGUGGCGGGUAUGCCUGGAUGAGGCUCAGAUGAUUGAGAGCGGAGUAAGCAAUGCAGCGAAAGUAGCUCGCUUGAUCCCUCGACAGAUUGCUUGGGCGGCGACUGGUACCCCACUGCGCAGAAACAUAGAUGACUUAUUUGGUCUUCUUCUUUUCCUUCAUUACGAGCCGUUCUGCUUUUCAGCCCCUUUGUGGAGAAGAUUGUGUCUGUGUUUCGGGUCAGUCUUGGCAAAAAUCAUAAACGAAAUCGCUCUACGGCAUAGGAAAGGUCAAUUAUUGGAUGAGCUUCGCCUACCACCCCAGAAGCGCAUUGUUAUCACCACCCCCUUCACAGCUGUAGAAGAACAGAAGUAUGCUCAACUGUUUGAGCAAAUGUGCGAAGAAUGCGGUUUGAACGCCGUUGGAGCCCCCCUUCGAGGUGACUGGGACCCCGAAGACCUUGUAAUUGUCGAAAAAAUGCGUACUUGGUUGACGAGACUCCGCCAAACAUGCCUCUACCCCGAGAUUCUUACCUAUAGCCGAACCCUAGGUCAAGGCUCUGGUCCUUUGCGGACUGUGGCUCAGGUUCUGGAAGUCAUGACUGAGACCAAUGAGGCGGCUUUACGUACGGAAGAACGAUCGCUCCUUUUAUCUCAGCUUCGAAGAGGCCAGCUUCUAGAAAAUGCAAAACGACGCCAAGAAGCCCUUGUGACUUGGCAGAAGGCACUGGACCAUGCCACUCGGCUAGUUGAAGACAGUAGAGAACAACUGCGCCUAUUGAAGGCCAAAGGCGCUACCGGUGACAAUAAUGGGGAUGCUUUAAAAGUCAUCAAUCUGGAUGAUAAGAAUGAUGGCCAGGAAGAAGAGGACAAAGAUCCUGACAACACCAGCCGCCUCGGCCAGUGCCGACUGAAGCUCCGAGGUGCACUCGAGGUCCAGCAUAUUGCAGUGUUCUUCACUGCGAACGCAUACUACCAAAUCAAGAGCGAUCCAAAUUUAACACAGCCAGAUUCAGACGAGUUUAAAAGGCUUGAGAAACGUGAGGAUGAAGCCUAUGAGGCUGCAAAAGUCAUUCGUAAGGAGAUGUUGACUGAUAUUUCCCGGAAAGUCGAGCGCUACAUGAAGGAAAUCAGGAUCAAGGCACGAGACAAGGAUUUCGUGAACAUCCCGAAAUUGAAUCCCCAUCUCUACAGCAAAGGAGUCGAAUCAUACAAUCUGCUCAGCAAGUUUGAAGAAUUCUGCGACGCUCUGAACAUCCAUGCUGGGCAAUACAAGGAAUGGCGGGAUGUCAUGGCCAAACUGGUCUCUCAGUCACUCAUUGACCAAGAAGAAGAAGCAAAGCUGGAGGGUGACGAGUAUGAGCGGUCAACAAAACAUCAAGAUGAAAUGUAUGUCUACAUGGAGGCUUUGAGGUCCAUGUACAGCGACCGUCACGACGCUCUCACUGGUCACAAGAACACUCUCAUUUCCCACGAAGCCAAAGCCGGAAUCGUUCAGGCCCACAAAGGUGAGGGGCCCUCUCCACAACUAUUUCUCCAGAUCAUGGAAACUCGCAGUCAGCUUAUGCCUGAUCCUGAUCUUGGGUCGCUCCGCAGCAUUGUAAGUGAACUUCGCAAACUUGCAACAUCGCUGGAGUGGCAAGCCGGCUCAGGCAACUCGCAUGCUCGUGCUGAACAUGAGAUCGUCGAAAUGGUCUUGAAAAACGCCGGUCAAAUGAUCGCUGAGCAACUUAAAGUAUCCAGCCAACUGAACAGAGAAAUUGAGAUGUUUCGCGACACUAUGAACAAUCGACUGGAGUAUUAUCGUCACCUACAGCAGAUUUCGGAUACGGUGGCUCCAUAUGAUGAGGAAAGUGCAGGCAAGCCGCUCGAUGAAUACGCCUUUACCCUGAGGCUGGAGCAGGAGGAAGUCAUCGAAGGAAAGAUUGCAUCCCUCAAGUCCAAAGCAAGAUAUCUAAUUCACCUAAGAGAUGAUGCGAGCUCCGACAGUAAUACUCGAGAGUGCAUUGUCUGUCAGUCGACCUUCGAAGUUGGUGUGUUGACUAUCACAUACAAGGCACAGAAGCUAGUUGCACAAGAAGAAAAGACACCUGUCAAAUUGGACCACGAAGGUCACUCUCAGAAUGCGAUUUACAGUGAUAUCAGUUCCGGUCAUCUCAAUGAGAUCAAGAAAAUUGACUUGGAGCAUGGUUACGGGACAAAGAUCGACACUUUGGCCCGACACAUCCUAUGGCUGCGGGAACACGACCCUGGCGCAAAGUCGAUAAUUUUCUCUCAAUAUGGAAUCUUUGUGUCGCACUUACAGAUCGCAUUCAAAUCUCUUGGAAUAGUCACCACCAGUAUCGACUCUCCAAAUGGCAUUGAGAAAUUCAAAACCGACCCGGCUGUUGAGUGUUUUUGCUUUUAUGGCAAAGCACAGUCGUCCGGACUGAAUUUGACUGUUGCAACCCAUGUCUUUCUAUGUGAGCCACUCAUUAACACGGCAAUCGAGCUCCAGGUCAUUGCGCGAGUGCAUCGUAUUGGCCAAAAUCGACCAACAACAGUGUGGAUGUACCUUGUCUCCGGCACGGUGGAAGAAUCUAUAUAUGAGAUCUCAGUAACCCGACGCCUCGCUCACAUCAUGGAGAAAGAGAAGCAGGUCAAACAAGCACUCUUGAAAACUCCUGCUGACAGUGGUGGUGUCACUGAAGAGGCUAUUGAAUCUGCCAACUCGAUGGAACUACAAGAUGCCACUCUUACAACCUUGAUGCAACAUAACUCCGUAGGUGGCGAGAUGGUGAAGAAGGAUGACCUUUGGCGAUGCCUCUUUGGAAAAAUCAAGCAGAAAGAUAACAUUGAACCUUCGACUGAGGCAGAAAGGGAGGUUGGUCGAUUCUUGAGAGGUGAGGCUGCUGUGCAAAGAACAGAAGGUUGA